AUGUCUGACGAGCCAAAUAUGUUAUCUUCUAAUGAAGAUAAUGGCAAUAAAAAAUCUAAAGAUCAAAAAUCUUCGAAAGAUGUUUGUGAUGAAUGUGGAAUUGAAUAUAUUCCAAUGAAAUAUUCUGAUAAUGAUUAUGUUAAUCUAUCUACAUUUAAACUGUUUUCUCAAAAUGUACGUCCAAUAAUAAAUUCUCGCUAUCCAAAAUUACCCACACAAAAAAUAAUGACUUUAAUGGCUGCAUAUUGGCGUGAAUUUCUUGAAUUAAAAGGUGCACAACAAAAUGUUUCAAAUAAUACAUUAACUGAAUCGAAUAAUGAUCAUGAUGUUAUGGAUACGGAUGAACCACGUCCAAGUCGUUCACGUCGUCGUCGAACAGCACCACAAGAUGAUAAUGAUCAAGAUGAUGCAAAUGAACAACAAGAUGAUGAUGAUAUGAAUUCAACUGCUUCACCACGUAAUUCAACAACUAAAAAUCAUAAUAAAAAAAUUCCAGCUUUAAAAAUAAAAUUACAAAAAGAUCAAGCAGCUGCAGCAGCAGCUAUGGCAGCAGCUAAAGAACAAGCUAUUGACGAAGAAGAAAAUAAAGCAAUAAAGAAAUCUACUCGACCACGAAAACGUAAAAGACGUGAUGAUGAUGAUCCAGCUAAUGAAUCUGAUGCAGAAUUUGAAGCUAUGCUUGUACAAAGUGAAAUCAAUGAAGAAGAAGAAGUACCAAAGAAAAAACGUGUUAAAAAACUACCUAAACCACCAAAACGUAUUGCAAGAUUAAAUAAUCGUCGACAAUUACAAGCCGCAGCAGAAGAAGCAGCUAAUUUACCACUUGAUCAAGUUGGUUAUGAAACUAAUCAUCAAGAUUAUUGUGAAGUAUGUCAACAAGGUGGAGAAAUUAUCCUUUGUGACACAUGUCCAAAAGCUUAUCAUCUUGUUUGUCUUGAUCCUGAAUUAGAACAAGCACCGGAAGGUGAUUGGUCAUGUCCAGAAUGUACUAAAAACGGUAUAUCAAUACGUACAAGACAAGCUGCUGCUAUUGCAGCUGCUCGACAAGCAAAAGAAGAAGAUGAUAAUCAUAUGGAAUUUUGUCGAGUUUGCCGAGAUGGUGGCGAAUUAUUAUGUUGUGAUCGAUGUCCAUCUUCGUAUCAUAUGCAUUGUUUAAUUCCUCCAAUGACAGUUAUACCAGAAGAAGAUUGGUAUUGUCCAAGAUGUACUGUUGAAGCACCACCUAAUGUUGUCAGAAAAAUUCUUACAUGGCGUUGGGUAACUCAUCCAGAUCCUCAUUCAUCUGCAACAACCGAUACAGUAACAUCUGAAGUUACUAAAGUUGAUGAAAAUGGUGAAACAGCAACUACAACAACUACUAUUAUUGAAAAACGUAUAAUAACAACAACAACUGCCGAUGCAGUACCUCCAGCUGAUGGCGCAGAUACUGGUGCUGAUUUUCAACAACGUCUUAUUCCAACAUUUGACUUAACUUUACCACCAGGUACGCCACGUGGUCCACCUAAAACUCGUGAACUUUAUGUUAAAUAUGACGGUUUAUCAUAUUGGUCAUGUGAAUGGUUACCUGAAUUACAAGUUGAAGUUCAUCAAUCAUCAUUAUGGCGUUGUUAUAUUAAAAAAAUAGGCGAUGCUAAACAACCUCAACUAACAGUUGAUAUUGAAGGUGAAGUUGAAGGUGAAGAAGUUGUCGAUGAUGAGGUAUCUCGUCGUUAUUAUAAUCCAAAAUUAGAACAAAGAUAUUACAAAAAUGGUGUAAGACCAGAAUGGCUUUGUGUACAUCGAAUAUUAAAUCAUCGAAAAGAAAAAGGUGUACCAAUGUAUUAUUUGGUUAAAUGGAGAGAAUUAGGUUAUGAACAAGCAACAUGGGAACUUGAAAAAGAUGGAGAAUAUACACAUGAAAUUGAAAAUUGGCAACAACAUAUUGAUAAUUAUUGGAAAUUAAGAAAUGGUUCUGAAGCUGAAGAGAAAAAAAAGAAAAAAGCAAGUUCAACGAAAACUACACGUCGAUCAAAUCGAGAACUUGAAGAAAAUCGUUCAACUGAUGCCAAUGGAGAUUCAGGUGAUGAAUAUGAACGUUCAGGAAAAUAUCCACCACCACGUAAACGUUAUGAAAAACAACCUGAUUUUAUUGAUGUCACUGGUGGUACACUUCAUCCAUAUCAAUUAGAAGGUUUAAAUUGGUUAAGAUUUUCAUUUUCACAAAAUACUGAUGUUAUUCUUGCUGAUGAGAUGGGUUUGGGUAAAACUGUUCAAACAAUUGUAUUCUUACAGGCUUUAUUAAAAGAAGGUCUUUCACGUGGACCUUUUCUAAUUAGUGCACCAUUAGCAACAAUUAUUAAUUGGGAAAGAGAAUUUGAAUUUUGGGCACCAGAUAUGUAUGUAGUAACAUAUACGGGUGAUAAAGAAGCAAGAGCUGUUAUACGAAAACAUGAGUUUUCAUUUGAUGAUGAUGCAAUUCGUGCUGGUCCACGUGCAAGUAAAAUUCGUAGUGGUGCCAAAGUUAAAUUUCAUGCAUUAUUAACAUCCUAUGAAUUGGUUAGUGUGGAUUCAGCUACACUAUCCUCAGUCGAUUGGUCUGUUUUAAUUAUUGAUGAAGCUCAUCGUUUAAAAAAUAAUCAAUCAAGAUUUUUUCGAACAUUAUUUGAAUUUAAUAUUGGUUAUAAAACACUUCUUACUGGCACACCAUUACAAAAUAAUCUUGAAGAACUUUAUCAUUUAUUGAAUUUUUUAAAACCUGAUAAAUUUAGUGAUAUGGAUGGAUUUUUAAAAGAAUUUAGUGAUUUAGCUAAAGAUGAACAAGUUGCCAAAUUACAUGAUAUUUUAGGUUCACAUAUGUUACGUCGUUUAAAAGUUGAUGUUUUAAAAAAUAUGCCAACAAAAUCAGAAUUUAUUGUUCGUGUUGAAUUAAGUCCAAUACAAAAGAAAUAUUAUCGUGCUAUAUUAACAAAAAAUUUCGAUGCUUUAAAUGUCAAAGGUGGUGGUGGACAAGUUUCAUUAUUAAAUAUUGUUAUGGAAUUAAAAAAAUGUUCAAAUCAUCCAUAUUUAUUACCUGCUGGACAAUUUGAAGCACCACGUACAGCAAAUUUAGCUUAUGAAGGCACAGGAUUAAUAAAAUCAUGUGGAAAAUUAGAUUUAUUAAGUAAAAUGUUGAAAAUAUUAAAAGAACAAGGACAUCGUGUUUUAAUAUUUUCACAAAUGACAAGAAUGUUAGAUAUAUUAGAAGAUUUUCUAGAAUAUUUGGGUUAUAAAUAUGAACGAAUGGAUGGUAAAACAGGUGGCUCAGAUAGACAAGAUGCUAUUGAUCGUUUUAAUGCACCUGGUGCUGAACAAUUUUGCUUUUUACUUUCAACACGUUCAGGUGGUUUAGGUAUUAAUUUAGCUACAGCAGAUACAGUUAUUAUUUAUGAUAGUGAUUGGAAUCCACAUAAUGAUAUUCAAGCACUUUCUCGUGCUCAUCGUAUUGGUCAAACAAAUAAAGUUAUGAUUUAUCGUUUUGUUACACGUGAUACAGUCGAAGAACGUAUAACACAAGUUGCUAAGAAAAAAAUGAUGUUAACACAUUUAGUUGUUCGACCAGGUGCUGGUCGUGGUACAAAUAUGAGCAAAAAAGAAUUAGAUGAUAUAUUACGUUUUGGUACUGAAGAUUUAUUUAAAGAUGAUGAUGAAGUUGUUGGCAAUGGUGAAGGUGGCGAAGGUGGUGGUGGUGCAAAAAUUCAUUAUGAUGAUCAAGCUAUUGAAAGAUUACUUGAUCGUUCACAAGAAGGCAUACAAGAAAAAGAAGAAGGUCUUAAUGAAUAUUUAUCAAGUUUUAAAGUUGCAUCUUAUGUAACACGUGAAAUGAAUGAAGAAGAAGAAGAAGAUUAUCGUGAUUCAAUACCAGUACCACCACCAACUAUGGAUGAAACAAUGGAGGCAAAUUAUUGGGAAAAAUUAUUACGUGUACAAUUUGAACAAGAAAGAGAAUUAGAAAGUCAUGCAUAUGGUAAAGGUAAACGUUUAAAACGUCAAGUUAAUUAUGCUGUACCAGCAAAUGAUGAAAAUUGGAAUGAACAUAAUUCUGAUAUUGCUAGUGAAUAUGAUGCACCAUCAGCUGGUGGUGAAGAUGAAGAUGUUGAUUUCGAUGAAACACCUGAUCGUCGACGUAAGACAGGACGUGAUCGACCAUUACCACCAUUAAUAUCAAAAUCUGGUCCAAAUAUUGAAAUCUUAGGUUUUAAUCCACGACAACGUAAAGCAUUUUUAAAUGCAAUUAUGCGUUUUGGUAUUCCCCCACCGGAUGCAUUUAAAUCUCAAUGGUUAGUUCGAGAUUUACGUUGUAAAUCUGAAAAAGAAUUUCGUGCAUAUGUUUCAUUAUUUAUGAAACAUUUAUGUGAAAAUAUAACAGAAAAUUCCGAAACAUUUUCUGAUGGUGUACCACGUGAAGGUUUAUCUCGACAUCAUGUUUUAUCACGUAUUGGUAUAAUGUCAUUAAUACGAAAGAAAGUUCAAGAAUUUGAAACUGUUAAUGGAGUUUGGUCAAUGCCUGAUCAAACACCAAUGAAUGAUAAUUCAAAUGAAUUAAUUGAUGAAUUUAAACCAAUCAAUGAAAAACCAAUAACAAAUAAUAAUAAUAAUAAUGAUAAUAAUACUAAUAUACAAUCAACAGAAUCUAAUGAAACAUUAACAACAAUAAAUUCAAGUAGUAAUUUAAUUGGUGAAUCAAUGAGUUUAAGUGAUUUAAUAAAUAAUAAAAAUGAACAAAAUGAUGUAGAAAUGAAAGAUAAUACAAAUAAUGAAGAAGAAAAAUCAACUAAUGAUAAACAACAAAUUAAUGAAGAAAAACCUGAUAUAACAAAUCCUCCAGUUGAAAAUGUUAAACCAACAAAUAAUAGUCGUAAAUCUCAAUUAAUUCGUAAUGAAAAAUUAAAAGAUUUUAAAUUUAUGUUUAAUAUUGCUGAUGGUGGUUUUACUGAACUUCAUUCAUUAUGGUUAAAUGAACAACGUGCAUUAACAACAAAUCAUGAACAUGAAAUAUGGCAUCGUCGUCAUGAUUAUUGGUUAUUAGCAGGUGUUGUAACACAUGGUUAUUCACGUUGGCAAGAUAUACAAAUUGAUCCGAAAUUUUCAAUUAUCAAUGAACCAUUUAAAAUGGAUAUGGCGAAAGGAAAUUUUCUUGAAAUGAAAAAUAAAUUUCUUGCACGUCGUUUUAAAUUACUUGAACAAGCACUUGUUAUUGAAGAACAAUUACGUCGUGCUGCUUUCUUAGGUCUAGCUAUGGAACAAACAAAUCCAGCAUUAACACUUUCACAACGCUUCAGUGAAGUUGAAUGUUUAGCUGAAUGUCAUCAACAUUUAUCAAAAGAAUCAUUAGCAGGAAAUAAACCUGCUAAUGCUGUACUUAAUAAAGUUCUAACACAAUUAGAAGAAUUAUUAAGUGAUAUGAAACAAGAAAUAAAUAAAUUACCAGCUACAUUAGCUCGACUUCCACCUGUUUCUCAACGACUUAAUAUGUCCGAACGUAAUAUUCUUUCGCGUUUACAAAAUGGUCAAAGUCAACCACCGUCAUCAACUCCUCCACCUCCUCCGACAACAACAAGUACAACAACAAAUGGUAAUGGUUAUGCUUACACAAAUUAUUCAAAUUUUAUUGGACCAUUUGCACUUCCUGCAUCUAAUAGUACAAAAACAACAACAAAUUCAUCGAAUAAUAUUUCAGCUACUACAUCGACAACAUCCGUUGAUUCAUCAUCAACACGAAAAUCUUCAACACCAAAUCUAGUUCAAUGA